GCAGAAUUGUAGAUGAUAAAAUAAACUUAGUUUUUUUUUACCGCAAAAAUUCAUGUUCCUAUUAAUUUUUGCCCUACAAUUUCUUAUGAAUUAGAAUUAGUAAAUAAAUAUUUGUGCGUGUUUUAUGUAUUUAAUUUUGAGCAGUACUUUUUAAUAAAAUAGAUAGUGCCUAAGUGAGGUUAUGUGAAUUUCGGUUUAGUUUAAAGUUUGGUUCCUUUUUUUUCAAUUAAAAUGAGCGAAUUCACUUUGGGCUACAGAGAAGUGACUCCGGAACAAAUAGAUUAUGAAAAUUGGAAAGAAAUAACCCUUACUACAGGAGGCACCCAAAGUACCCUUCAAGAUAUAAAAGUAGCCGAGAGAGCCAAUGGAUACUGUUACAAAGACUCCACUAAACACUGCACGAGGAAUAGAUUUAUCUACUGGAGGAUCAAUCACAACGUAUUAGAAUUAGUUGAGCAUAGUUUAGAUAUAAAUCUUACAGGAAAUCGGAUCAGAUACAAGUUUGAUACUCCGAUUUUAGACGGUGUUUCGAUACACGAGAUACUCGAUAAUGUUGUUAUUUUAGUCCCUACAGUCUGCAGUGUACACAGACUGAUAUUUCCCCAUCCAAAUAUAUUCCACGCACAGGACGACUUACUGGGGAUAUAUCCGGAUUUAACAGCUCUAUCGAUAUUUUCGAAAGCAUCGAUCGUCGAUACCAGAAACCCGAACAGCUUUUACGUUUUCAACAAUCCCAGCACUGCCAAUGAUCAAUUACCGAACCUAGCCAAUUCGUACUUUGUACCGGAAACCGGUGAAGCCUACUUCGUUUUGGCCUUUCCUUCGACUGAACUUUUACUGAUCAGGCAAAGUCCCGAUCAAGUCACUUGUGUGGAACUCAAAGGGGAAUCCCUGGUUCCCAGAUUUUUCGCCGGUAUAGCAGACAAAUUCAGGCAAAGGAAUUCGGAUAGCGAAAAUAUUGUUAGUUUGCUAUUUUACGAUUUGGACGAAGAAACCUACGUGUUAUCCCUAACGCAAGAUGCCCAUCUGAAAUGUUGGUCCUGCAGUAAAGGCCAAUGCGUAGCAGUAAUAGAUGUUCGCGAAAAAAUAUCAACCAACUUGAAAUACAGAGUUCAAUCAGCAAUUCUAAAGAAAGCCGAAGAUGGAAACAGCUCGGAUAAUAUUCUGGUUCUAUUCCUGAGUUUCGGAAAUAAAUGCCAGUUCCAUAUUCUGAAACCCUCCAUUCGAGAACAAGAAAUCUCUCUGCAUAGAUUGGCUGCUCUUGAAUCGCCAUUGAACGAUUUGAUAGACUUCGCAGCGCAAUUAGACUGCUUGUGGUCAGUAUGGCGAUCGGACGUGGGCGAAACGGUGGUGUACAAGGCAUCGUUCAAAUCCAACCAAUGGACUCAAGUCAUACUGGAACCCGAACCGUGCGAAAAACAGUUCCCUAUCAAAUUCAACGAUGUCAAGACCAUGUACUUACAGCACAUUUUCCACCCGGGCAGGUUCCCCCUGCACGUUAUCAACAAAACCCUUUCGAUUUAUAAAAUGCCUACGAUCGCCUCGGACUCGCAUCUUUCCAUCUCGGCGCUAAAACAAAGAGUCUGCAUGGCCGUGGAAAACGAUAUACAAAAUCUGUUCAACAGAGACGGGACUGAUAUUAACAGCGUUGAAGUCGAUGAAUACAUAGAAUGCGCCGAGUGGUGCUGGCAGAAAUUCGACUCCCGCUGCGUACAAUACCAGAUAGCCAGCAGGAAACCGCUGGGUUUGAUGCUCCUGCCGUCCGUCUCGGGCGCCAUGCUGUUGAAGAAAUCGGCGUUUUCGUUCCUGCGGCCCGUCGAUUCGCUCGAACACAUGACGUUGUGCACCGAUUUGUACAGAGAGCAGUUCUUCGAUUUUUCCAUGUUGGCCGACGAUUUGGACGCUGUGGAUGAUGUCAUAAACGUGUUCAAAGUGAUCGUGUACAUCGAACAACAAUUGAAAGACGAUUUCAUGCAAUCGUUCGAAACUGAACUGCUCAAUCUCCAAUCGCCCGAUGUAGUGAUAGAAGAUCUGUUGAAGAAAAUCUACGUUGAAAUGGAUUCCGAUUUUUUUUCGCAAAUAUUGCAUCUAAUCAAAGACGUGAACGAUUUGUACAAAGCCAUACACAAAAUCCUCGAAUUGUUGAGAUACGAAAACACUUUAGCGAAUCCCGACAACGACAUCAACCCGGCCGCUAUGUACUAUUUCAAUUCGCUCUUAGGCACUUCGUUGGUGGCCCAAAGUUUCCGACAACAAGCAGAAAUCAGAUUUCAAAUUUGCCGCAAUCUGUUGCUCCUCUGCAACUUCCUGGUGAUGGACAGGACGUUGAAUUGGGGCGUCUUGGAAGGCGUUCGAUCCGUUUGUAUGCCGGACAUUGUUGUUUUGACCCAAGCCAGUUUCGUCGUGCUGUGGUUGAGCGGCCUGACAAUGUUCGAAAGCGACUCGAUUCGGGAUUCCUCGAUGAGCACACUGAACCCGUUAAAACUGACGCCCGUUUACAAUCUGCUGCCGUUUACCCGUUGCACGUCCUUGUUGGAAGUGUUUAUAUCGUCGUCGGGCGUGCAGGACGCCAGGAAAUCGUUCGCGAGAGUUUCCUGCAAGGACGAGGCCUUGGUGCGCUGGCAUUGGUCGCUGUUGCCCUACGUGAAUCACAUCAGACAUCUCAUAUGGCCCAUAAGCGGUUGCACGGUGUUCGAGGAAUGGCUGUUAUCGAGCGGACAACACGUGUGGUUGCAGCAAUAUGUUCGAUUGCUCAGCAAUUGGUGCGAAUGGAAUGCUUGUACACGAAACUUCCUCUUGGCCUCGUCUUUUCUGACCACCGGUGAAUUUUACAAGGCCGAAGAGCUCUUCGAAACCGCUGCGAAGGGCGUUUUCACCGACGCUUUUUUGAAAAAUAGAAUCAAAAGCGUAGACGAAAGUAAUUCCAGAACCACCAUUCAUUAUUAUUUAAAGGUGAUCCAACUGUUCGAGUUGUGUAACGCUCGAAGUCACGUGAUUAACGUGGCCAAUACGGCCCUGUGCGUCGUCAAACGGGACGAUCCGUUAGCGGCGACGUUGUUUUCGAUCAAAUUCAAGCACCACUUGGCCUUGAAGCACUAUCAGCUGGCCUUCGACUCGUUGAAUUCGAACCCCGACGGCGAACGGCGGAAGGACAAUCUCAGGGAUUUGGUGAAGACGUUGCUCGACGAGAAGAAACUCAACGUUCUGUUGAAUUUCACGUACGACAGCAUGGACGAGUUCUUCGCGAACAUCGUUCUGACCAGAGCUCGAGCGGCCGACGUUUCGGAUAACGCGUUCUACGAUUUUCUCUACUCGUACCAAAUCAAGAAAGGUCCACCUUCGUUCCGAUUAGCCGCUUCGGCUAUGUACGAGCAAGCGUUCCGAUUGAGCCAGAAGACCACCGUCGAAGCGUUGGAGAAGCAAGUGAAAUGCUAUUUGGCGGCCAAAAACGUCCUGCACUUGUGCCCCUCGCAGCACGCUUGGGUCGUCAGGCCGGCGGAUCCCGACGAGGAAGACGAACAUGUCAUUUUCCAACCUCUGGCCGGCUCUAACGGAGAAAUCCGUACGUUCAAAAUCAAGAAACAAAUCGAAGUGGUGGACAUCGAAACCAUCGGAAAAGAACUGACGUUCGCCAGCGCGAAAUUGAAAUUGCUGCAAUUCAACCCGGCGGUUUCCAUUAGCGUUUGCGAUCCGUUGGAGCUGGUGAUUUCGCUGAACAACUCGGGCAUGUUCAAAGCGGCCUUCGAGAUUUGCUCGACCUUCGAUUUGCCCUAUUCCUUGGUGUUCGAGGCUCUCACGAAGCGCUGCGUGAUGCUCACCGAAGCCGAGGAUCCCAACGCUUGGAACUGGUUGGUGGAGAACGAUCUGCAAGAUUUACCGGUGAAUAGAGAGUCGGCCGCCGAUGUGGUUUGGAAGUUCCUGCAGGAUUGUUUGGAGAAAUACGAAGAGCCUAGGAUGUCGUGUUUGCAUAACGUCGUUUGCAAGAAAAUCAUCAACAUGCAGAUUUACUUGCCUCAUUGGUUGAAGGCUUCGUAUAAGGCUCGAAAUCCGUCCGAGUUGUUGAGGUUACUGCACGCCUCCGGGCGAUUGGAGGAAGCCGUGGAAUUGGCUAAAGACUACAUUUUAUCGGCAAUGGGAUACGGUAAAGAAGAAUUCGGAUUCUCGCAGCCUUUGGCUCCGACAUCGCCGGCCUUUUGCCUUCCCGUUUACGCCAUUCAAAGGCUCGUCGACGAAUUGGACAUACAAAAUUCAAUGAACGUAGAAAAGCCUUACACUCACGAGUACGAUGAUUUGAAGGUGUUGUUUUCCAAGUAUCUCGAAACGGCGAUUAGAGUUUCCAAUCAGAUGUGCCAGGUUAAGGGUAGAGCUUUUUAAUGCGUUUUUUGUAUUGUUUUUUAAUUAAUAAAUAAAAUGUCUAA